CGCUAGCCUGGCAACCCCACCAGCUCGUGUGUGGACGCCCAUGACCUCUUACGGCGAAGGUGUCUGACGUCUGAUCGUCCUUCGCAUUCGCGUGUGCACUUCUCGGGCGUAUUCGUCCCCUUAGUUGCAGACUACGGAUAAUGCAACAAGCUCAACACUGGGGCAGCCUAUCAUGGCCGCGGGCUCCCACUCGACCAGAUGGAUGGGCGACCCUACGCUCGCGAGCCGAGGCUGCUGUCCUUAGUGCGCCAGGAGAGAGCUGCUGCACCUCGACGGGCGUACAUGCGGGUAGCUCACGAUAUAAGAGCCAUACCCCAGCCUCACCCUCAUAGUGCCCAUAGUACUCGUUUUAAACAUCUUUGCACCGCGAGAACCACUGCAAUGGACGACUACAAACCACAGAAACCGAAUGUCCUCCAGUCGCCGCCCAUCGACAUCACCGUCCCCUACGACGCAGCCUGGGUCAAGGGCAAGGUCGUACUCAUCACGGGAGGAGCGAGCGGCUUUGGCGCGGGCUUCGUGCGGAAAUGGGUAGCUGGCGGUGCCACAGUCGUCGUGGGGGACAUCAGUGUUCAGAAGGGAGACGCGCUCUGUCGUGAUAUCAACAAAGACAGCAAGAACGGCGGCAAGGCCCACUUCGUGCACUGCGACGUGACAGACUGGCAGUCGCAGGUCGACCUCUUCAAGAAGGCAGUCGAGCUGAGCCCGCACGGGGGUAUCGAUACGGUAGUCGCAAAUGCAGGCAUAGCAGGCCGCGACGUCCUCCAAGAACCUGCGAACCUCGAUGCGGCUGCACCACCCCCACCCGUCUUCAAGAUCAUGGACGUGAACCUCACUGGUGUGCUAUACACUACUCACCUAGCCUGCUUCUGGCUGCCCAAGAACCCCGGCUCUUCAGACUGUAGCUUGAACUCGAAGCCCUCCACGACCUCCCCACGCGAUCGCCAUAUCCUUCUGCUUGGCUCCAUCGCCUCUCUCGGCCCCAUUGCCAUACAACCCCAAUACUGUGCCGCAAAGCACGCGGUGCUUGGUCUGUUCAGAAGUCUGAGGGUGACGAGCGGCCUUCAGGGCAUCCGCGUGAACCUUCUUUGUCCAUAUUUCAUCGAUACACCCAUCGUGCCGGCUAGUGCGCGCUUCAUACUCGCAGGAGGCGGCGUAGGCAAAGUGGAAGAUGUCGUCGACGCAGGUACGCGCUUCGUGGCUGAUUCCCGCAUACUUGGUCGCGCGCUGGUCAUAGGGCCCAAGAUGCAUGUCCGUCAAAAGGAUAAUGGCGAGUGGGAUCUGGUUACGCCCGGCGCGCCUGGCAGUAUUGAAACGGCGAUUUUUGAGCCCUAUGCCGAUGAUUGGGAGGACCAAGAUCAGUGGAACCGCACCUUCAUCAAGAUCUUGAACAUGGUCCAGGCUGGACGGGGCUGGGCUGGGUGGGCGCAGGACGUUGUCAAAGCAUCCUUGUAUGGUCUGGGGUUCGGGCGAUGAUGCACAUCAUGAUGAAGCUUGCGGCUCUUCCCCGGCCACGGCGCGAACUGCGAUGGAGCUAGAAGCUCAGGGUCUUCCAAUAAAGCUUGUACAUUGGAAUAAUCGACUUUUUCUUACCCGUG